GCCAUGGAUCCCUUCUUGGCGCUGCUGCACUCCUUCUCCUCGAGCUUGUCGGACGGCGAGCUUGCUUCCCUGAAGUUUCUCUGCCGGGGAAGAAUCGGGAAACUGCAGCUGGAGUCUGUCCAGAGCGGCGCGGAGCUCUUCACCAUCCUCCUCGAGCAGCAGCUGAUCGCAAGGGACAAAGUGUCGUUUCUGGAAGCCUUGCUGGAGAGCGUUAAGAGAGAAGAUUUGGUCUCGCAACUGAAGCAGUUCGUAGAGGAAGGGGAGGUUAAGGCUCCUGAUGAUCAACCAGACGUGCACGAAAAACGUCUUCAGAAGGCGGCUAUUGAAGUCAUAUGCGAAAAUGUUGGGAGAGACUGGAAAAUGCUGAUACGAAAACUUGGCGUUUCUGAAGUGAAAAUGGACAGAAUAGUGGCAGCCAAUCCGUUGAACUUGCACGAACAGCUGACUCAGUCACUUCGGGAGUGGCAGAAAUGGAAGGGAAAAGAUGCAAAGGUGACUGACUUAAUAAAAGCUCUUCGGGGCUGUAAUAUGAAUUUGGUGGCAGACAAAGUGGAAGAGAAGCUCUUGCCACUGAGCAUUGAUCCUGAAGAAAAAGUUCUGAAACUAUCAGAGAAAUUGCCCGUCAUUGCCAUGGCAACCGCCGAGCAUGGCAGUACAGCGGGCAUGCGGCUGCAGCACGCUGCCUUCUGGCUAUCCCAGCCAGCGGAAUCAGGUUUGGAAGCUGUUACUAAUUGUGAGAUUCGCUGCAGUCGCCGGUCGGUGACCAUGUCAAAAAUCCAAGCUCCAAGGGCAGAGACGUAA